UCAUGAAUCACCCCCUGCACAUGUCUUCAGUGAGGGUCUCACCUCCAGUUCACACUCUGCUUAAAUAAUUCCAACUCCCCUCUUCUAUUCGCCUUAUUCAGCUGCUGUGCUCUCCACCUGAAGUGUGUGUGUAUGUAGGAUUACCUGGGAGUCUGUGUCGACACCAUGGCUUUGGUCCAGUUGCUCAGAGUCCUGUGCUGCCUGCUGCUCACUUAUCACCUGGGUGAUGCCAGGAGAAUCAAAGGAAGUGGAACAGAUAAAUGCUCUGAUGGAGAGCUGGGUGCCUGUUCUUGCUUCUGCUCUGAAGACCAGUCUUGGAGAUGUCAAUGUGAUCGUUACUGAUUGGCUUUUACAGGCAAAUAUGAACUCCCCUAACGCAGCCCAGAACACUAGGGCAGUGGGGAAGGACGUAGCAUUCCUGCUACAGUGGCUGCAGGAGUUUUACCAGUUUCCUGCAGAGAAAGUUCAUCUGAUUGGAUACAGUCUUGGUGCUCACGUCUCUGGAUUCGCUGGAAGCUACCUGGGAGGGCGUGGGAAGAUUGGACAAAUCACUGGUCUGGAUCCAGCAGGUCCCAUGUUUGAGGGCAUGGCAGCAUCAGACAGACUGUCCCCUGUUGAUGCCCUAUUUGUGGAUGCCAUCCACACCUACACUCAAGAACGCAUGGGGCUGAGUGUGGGCAUCAAGCAGCCUGUGGCACAUGUUGACUUCAACCCCAACGAUGGUGACUUCCAACCAGGAUGCCACCCUUUCCAGAGCUUAAUGGAACAUAUUUCCACUCUUUCUCUCCUAGGUUUUGAGCAGACAGUGAAAUGUGCCCAUGAGCGUUCAGUCUACCUGUUCAUCGACUCCCUUCUGAACAAAGACAAGCAGAUCCUGGCCUACAGAUGAUGUGAUGACAAUGCCGUUGAGAAGGGUACCUGCCUGGACUGCCGCAAGAACAAAUGCAACACACUGGGCUAUAACGUCAGGAGGUUGCGCAGUGUCGCCGGCAAGAAGCUCUACCACAAGACCCGGUCUCACAUGCCCACUCUUGUCUACCACUACCAGUUCAGGAUUCAAUUUGUCAACCAGAUAGAGAAGACUGAGCCCACUCUCACCAUCUCUCUCACUGGGACAAAGGAGGACAGCACUGAAAUGCCCAUCACUUUCAUCGAGGAGAUCUCAGGCAAUAAGACAUACACCUUUCUGAUCACCCUGGACUCAGACGUUGGGGACCUGAUGAUGCUGAAGUUCCGCUGGGAGGGGAGUGUUGUAAACAAUAUGUGGAGCAAGAUGCAGACCUUUAACCCCUGGAGCAGUGGGGGAAUGAGGACCAAGCUCACCGUGGGAAAAAUCUGUGUCAAAGCAGGCGAGACACAAAAUAGGACGACUUUUUGUGCCCAGACAAGUGAUGGAAUAUACAUUCGGCCAUCGCAAGAGAAUGUCUUCGUGCGCUGUGAAGAAAAUGCUCAAAAACAGCGCAGAAGAAAAACGCAUUUGUCUUGAGUCGGAUACUUCGAUCAGCAGGGUCGGCUCUAGCUUUUUGGGGGCUCUAAACUAGAUUUGGUUGGGGUCUCCCCUCCUCACCGCAAAACAUUUUAGUGCCAGCUGACAGCUGACAUUGUGCCAUGGGCCAGAAAGAAAAUGUUGACAUUUUAUAACAAAUGUAAAGCAAUUCUACACAUUUUGCCAUGGGGCAGAGAUACAUUUUUGCUAUUUAAAAAAAAAAAAAUCCUACAAUUCUACACAUUUUGCCAUGACUUAUGCCAUGUUAAUAUGAGUGAGAAUGAUUAUCAAAAUCAAUGGGGGUCCCCUGAAUGCCCAGUCGGUAUUCGAAUACUACAAGUUUAGAUAGCUGGCUAGACCAACUACCAAUCUAAGAAUUGACAUGGGUAAUUGUCAGCCAAUUAAGUGACUGACAUAAGUUAAAAACUGCUGAUGCAGAAUACCUGGUGUAUUCUACCAUUCUUACUCUCAAAAGUAAGUUGAGACCCUGACUAAAUAAAACAUUGGUUUGUAAUAUUUCAAUUUUCUCCAACAACAGUAUCUGUUUUCCAACCUAAUUUAUAUAAAAAAUAUUUAUUUAAAAAAAUCUUGACAAUCAUGAAUUUUUACUAAGAUUCAAAUGUUAUACAGAUAUUUUCAAAUGGUUGCGAAGAAGUAAUUGUAAAUAUAACAUUCUGUCCAAAUUAGGAUUCACAACCUGUGUACAAAAAGUCAUAUUUAUACAUUUUUAUUUUUUAUCACCAACUAUACUAAUGUCUGUUGGAAAAAUAUUCUGCCCAGGGGCCACUUUUCAUUUGUCCUGUUAUACCUAACAUCUAAUUGGAACCUUUUCCAUCUCAAUUUUUACUGACUCCCAAUAGGCAUAUAAAUUGAUGGGCACACUGCAUCAGAGAUAAAUUAAUCAUUUGCAGCAUCCCAAGAAUUUGUUGGCCACACAGUAUUUUCACACACUGAGUUUACACAACAGCCAUAGCCUUGGUAAGCAGACUGGGUGCAAAGACUACAGUCGAGCCAACAGUGUUUGAACAUCAUCCUCUGUCCCCAGGAUUCAUUCACAGACCUCCCUAUCCCUUUCUAAUGAGACCCCUGCUAUUUGUCUGAUACCAGACUGGAUCAGACAGCCCAGCACACAGCAGGACUGCUCACCCUGUCCCAGUUGUGUCUGAGGGAAAUGAAAUCCUAUCCUGGACAAAAUGUCCCCCUGGUUUCCCCAGAGAGCUUUGGCCCAGAGAUAGCUCGGUGCUAUGAAGCAACUGUGCAUCUGCAGCAGGCCCCAAUCAGACAGCCUGCCCCCUUAUGGGCUGCAGUGUUCAGGCAUAAGACCAAUCUGCAGGACAGGACACUGAUUAGACAGGGACCAUGGUUAUAUUUCACACAGCCGAUAGCCCCUCAUAGCCUUGCAUACUGAUACCCUGAUUACAACCACUUACUUAUUUUACAGCUUUUUAUAAUACUGUAUUAUCAACCCAAACUGCGUAUACAAAUACUUGACACACUUUCUGGGUACUUGAUUAUGAUAACCAAUUCUGCUACAGUCCCAUGGGAUAUGAUACAUGUUCAUCUCACUAAAGCUAUGUAUUUGCACAAACUUUUCAGUGUAAGAGGAGACAUGAUAAAUCAUCAAAUAAAUCAGUGAAUGGAAUCAAUUUAAUGCUGAAGGAAGAGCCCUAUUAAACAUGUUCAAAUGACGGUGGGGCAAGAUAAGCAUGGGGAAAAUAAUUGGGAGUUUCAGCACACAACUGGUGUGGCAGAAAUAGAGAGAAGUCAUUGUGAAGAUUGGAAUGCAGAGAGCAAUGUCAGGGAGGCUACAGGCAAUUACCUCUGCUCUCAGUGCUGAGGAAGUACAAAGGUAGACAGGUCUACGAUUUUACUAGAGCUGUGGCUACCUUGGGGCUGUGUGAUAUAGAAAACAGUGUUCCAACAUAAUGAGAAAUAUGUCAUUAGUAGUAAGGAAAAAACCUUGGGAGUUAGUAUUAUAUAAUCCCUUAUAUUGCAUUCUGCUGAGAAAUGUCCCCAUCACUUCAAACAAUCCAAACUAGAGACUAAAUCAUCCAUAGAAAUCACUGCCAAUUUAAGACAAUUAGCAUGGUUCUUUUUUUUUUAACAAUACAAAACAUUAACAUACAAAAGACAACAUUUAGACGCACACAAACAUCAAUGACAUCACACCUGCCAAGCCCGAACCAGCUCUUUAAUAUAUUUAGAUAAUGAACCAUAUGAUUUUUCUAUUGUCUUAACGAUGGAGGAUUGGUAUAUUUCAAGAUAAAGGACGAGAAGAUACCCAUUGGGUAUCCCACUGCACCCUCAUAUGACAGAUCUUGAAAUAUGAACCAAAAAGUAAAUUCACAUGAAUACUUCUGACAGCCAACUUUCUAACUCCACCCAUUACUUUUGGACUGUUGCAUUCCCAAAAGGUAUGGAUUAUUGAACCUUUGUUAGUUUUACACUUAAGACAUAUGAGUCUCCUUCUGCUGUAGAAUUUGAUCUCUUUUUAAUACAUUAGUUUACAAAUUGCAUGUAUUUGACAAUUUCUACAUCAGUCAGUGCAAAAUUGCUUUUUAAUUCUGUCAUGGAAAUACAUGUAUGUCCUAUUACCAAAUAAUUUAUGAUUUCUAUACUUUUUAGUUUUCCAUGUUAUCGGUGCAUACUGAAAAGCUGUUCAAGGAUUGUUUUUUUGCUAGUGAGAUUGGUUCUUGUAGAAUCCGUUU